GAGAGAGAGACCCUCGAAACGAGCGUAAAUAUUUAGAAACCCCGUCUCUUAAUUCGCAUCCGUUACUCAUCACUCCCUCUCUCUCUCUCUCUCUCUUUCUCUCUCUGUUUACAAAUCACAGGUUCUCACUCUAUUCUGAGAGAGAGAGAGAGAGAGAGGUUGAGAGAGGGAGAGAGCUAUUAAUUGUGUGUGUAGAGAUACCCACUAAUAUUUUUGCCUUAAUUGUAGUAGUGGCGGGGGGUGUGUGUCUCCGCCGCGGAUUGUGUGCUCCUCUCCCCUGCUUCAAUCCCAGCUCUCUCUCUCUCUCUCUCUUUCUCUCUCUCUCUCUCUCUUUUCCUCUUUUCUCUUUUUUGAGUUUGAAUCCGAAAAAGAAAACCCAAUAAAGGAGCGGUUUCUACACCGUUAAGAGGUGUAAAAACAUGAUCUUGAGAAGAACCAAGCAUACCCAUUUGUUGGUUUUUAGUAUAGCGAGAGAGAAAGCCUAGCUUUUAGUCCUAAAAGCCAAAAAAAAAAAGUCUUAAAAAAUGGAUUUUGGAGAGGAGCCAGAGGGCUCGGAUGGGCAGCGGAAGAAGAAGCGCUACCACCGCCACACUCCGCGGCAAAUACAACAGCUUGAAGCCAUGUUUAAGGAAUGCCCCCACCCAGAUGAGAAGCAGAGGAUGCAUCUGAGCCGAGAAUUGGGUCUUGAGCCUCGGCAGAUAAAAUUCUGGUUCCAGAACCGAAGAACCCAAAUGAAGGCGCAGCACGAGCGCGCCGACAACUGCGCGCUGCGGGCCGAGAACGACAAGAUCCGGUGCGAGAACAUCGCCAUCCGGGAGGCGCUCCGCAACGUCGUCUGCCCCACGUGUGGCGGCCCGCCCGUCGCCGACGACGCCUACUUCGACGAGCAGAAGCUCCGCAUGGAGAAUGCCCGAUUGAAAGAAGAGCUCGAUCGGGUUUCGAGCUUAACAUCGAAAUACUUAGGAAGGCCCAUCACGCAACUUCCCCCGGUUCAGCCGGUGCCGAUUUCUUCGCUGGACUUGUCGGUCGGGGGAUUCGCGGCUCCGUCGCUCGGCCCUUCGCUCGACCUCGAUCUCCUUACCGGGGCUUCUGCGUCCAUGUCGCUUCCUUUCCCAACCGCGGUCUCCGAAAUGGAGAAGCCCUUGAUGGCCGAGAUGGCCGCGGGCGCUAUGGAGGAGCUGAUCAGACUAGUUCAGACCGACGAACCUCUAUGGAUCAAGCACGGGAGCGACGGAAGGGAGGUUCUCGGUAUCGAAACCUACGACCGGAUCUUCCCAAAGCCCGGCAACCAAUUCAGAGGUCCCGACAUUCGCGUCGAAGCCUCAAGGGAUUCCGGGCUCGUGUUCAUGAAUUCGGUGGCGUUGGUCGAUAUGUUUAUGGACUCGAGCAAGUGGUUCGAGUUUUUCCCGACUAUCAUUUCCAAGACGAGGACCGUCGAAGUCCUAGCGACGGGAAUGGCGGGACGGAGCGGAUCCUUGCUUUUGAUGUACGAAGAGCUGCAUGUGCUCUCGCCGGUCGUCCCAACGCGCGAGUUCUGCUUCCUGCGUUACUGUCAGCAAAUUGAGCAGGGCUUGUGGGCUAUCGCCGACGUUUCGGUCGACUUGUCCAGAGAAAGCAAUCAGUUCAAUGCUCCUUCUCGUUCGCGGCGGCUCCCAUCCGGUUGCUUGAUCCAAGAAAUGCCAAAUGGUUAUUCCAAGGUUACUUGGAUCGAGCACAUGGAGAUCGAAGAGAAGGCCCCGAUCCACCUCCUCUUCAGAGAUCUCGUCGGCAGCGGGGCGGCUUUCGGAGCUCACCGAUGGCUCACCACUCUACAACGGACUUGCGAGAGGUUUGCGUGUUUAAUGGCCGCCGGCGCAUCUCCUAGGGAUAUCGGAGGAGUUAUUCCGUCGCCGGAAGGGAAAAGAAGCAUGAUGAAGCUUUCGCAGAGAAUGGUGAACAACUUCUGCGCGAGUCUGAGCGCGUCUCACAUGCACCGAUGGACGACGCUGUCGGGUCUGAACGACGUGGGCGUUCGAGUCACGGUCCACAGGAGCUCGGAUCCGGGCCAGCCCAACGGCGUUGUUCUCAGCGCGGCGACCUCGCUGUGGUUGCCCGUUUCGUGCGAGCGGGUCUUCAGCUUUUUCAGAGACGAGACGAUGAGAACGCAGUGGGACGUUCUAUCGAGCGGCAAUUCGGUGCAAGAAGUCGCGCGAAUCACCAGCGGUUCGCAUCCGGGGAACUGCAUCUCUCUCCUGCGCGGACUAAACUCGAGCCAGAAUAGCAUGCUGAUACUCCAGGAGAGCUGCACGGACGCGUCGGGGUCGCUGGUGAUCUACGCGCCGAUCGACAUCCCGGCGGUCAACGUGGUGAUGAGCGGGGAGGAUCCGUCGAACGUGGCGCUGCUGCCGUCGGGGUUCACAAUCCUGCCCGACGGGCGGCCCGGCGGGGGCGGCGGCGCCUCGACGAGCUCGAACCCGAUGGGCGCGUCCCUCGGGUCGCUGAUCACGGUCGCGUUCCAGAUACUCGUCAGCAGCCUGCCGUCCUCGAAGCUCAACGUCGAGUCGGUGGCCACCGUCAACAACCUCAUCAGCACGACAGUGCAGCAGAUAAAAGCCGCGCUGAAUUGCCCCAACGGGUGAAAAACCGCGCUGCGCGGCCCGGCCGCCGCCGGACGGACGAAAGACUGAGGGCUCUUCUCUAGUGUUUUUUCUUUAUUUUUUUCUUUUUUACUUGCAGCUGCGGGAAAAAGCAGCAUGGGGCUGUGAUGAGGAAAAGUGCUUUUGAUUGUGGCAUUGAAGAGGGGGGGUGGUUUAAUUGGGUUUGCUUUGGGGUUGGUUGGGAACAUCAAUGCACACAUUGAAGGGCCGGAACUGGAGCUAGCUUUGGUCUUAAACCUGCUUCUACUGAUGCUGCUGCUUCUGCUGCUUCUGCUGCUUCUGCCGCGCCGGGGCUCAGCUCAUAACAACUUCAUUUUUGUCCAUUUUAUUUGAUUAUUAUUAUUAUUAUUUUUUGUUAACAGGAGUGAAUUAAGUUACAUUUUAUUACUCUUAGAAAGCCUUGGAAGGGAGGAGUCAAGAACGCACCAUACUUGUCCCCUUUUUUUCUUUUUUUUUUUUUAAUUUUGUUUUGUUUUGUUUCUCUCUCUUUUCUCUUUCUCUCUCCAUGAGGAUGUAUGUAUGGUUCGGGUAUUGACUUCUAUCAAUUUAACACUUUUUAUGAGCAUUCGUUGAAAGAUUGAUUGGCUUCUAUGGAAGUUGAA